UGAGGUCUGACCAGUAAGCGACUAACAGUGUAUGUUUGGAGAUGGGUUUUUUUAAGCUCUGGCAUCGCAUUUUCAAUGUUGUAACACUAGCCACAGUCAUGAUGGCUUUUCACAUUGGUGUGUGUAUCCAAGAGGUUACCAUUCGACAGGAAGCAAAUGCCAUUAUAGGUGUAAUAAUGCAAGUAAGUGAACGUGGGGCUGGUGUUUAUGGAUGUGGCUUGCCCACUCAAAAUGGUAUUGUAAAAUUUGAAGCAAUGAGGUGGAUUCUGUCUCUCUUGAAUCAAAGGAGUGGUUCAACUUUUCUACCAGGUAUUUCUCUUGGAAUCCAUGCUUUUGAUACCUGUGGGAGGUUAAGAGUUGCAGUGACACAACUUGGAGAAUUUCUGCCAGUAUUGAAAGGAGUUAACAGUACCUUCUUCAUACCCUCAGCAAUAAAGCUUGGGGUGUUGGAUGAUGCAGGUUUAUCUGAUGAUCCAGAAGUGCAAUCAGCUCUUACAGAACUUCAGCUUCCAGUUAUAAAGUUGGAUCCAGAAAUGAUCAUACCUGCAGAACAAAAAGCCAAGGUAUUGACUGUGUUCAUGAUUUUAGAUUUUUGGACAAUUUUCUGAACAAACAUGGUUUAGUA